AUGGCUACCAAGCUGGUUCAGCGGCCACCACCCCGGCUGUGUCUCCUGGCCAGACCUGGGGCUCACGGGCUAAUUUUGGAAAUGACUGUGGCCCAGCUGCUGCUAUCUCGCCGGCUGGGGGAGGAGGCACAAGGAGGGAUGAGCCUGGGAAGCCAGCCUCAGGAGCGCAACCUCGUCUCGUUGUCUGCAGUCCAGGCAGCUCUGCAGCCAUGGCCAUAUCGUCACGCCUCGCCUUGUGGGAGCAGAAGGAAAAUUCGAGAAGAGGACAAGAGCCCUCCUCCGUCCUCCCCACCCCCCCUGUUCUCCGUCAUCCCGGGGGGCUUCAUCAAGCAGCUGGUUCGAGAGACAGAGAAAGAGUCCAAGGAGGCCAGACGGAGGAAGGAGGCAGCACUCGCCUCCCCAGAAGGAGAAACCCCAGAAGUUCCCACUAACCAAGCCAACAAGACCAACCAUGUCCCCAAGCCUGGAAGCCGGCAGACUUCCCAGGACAGCCCAUCAGCCACUCCGAAGAGUGCAGACAUUCCAGGCAGGGAGCCCCCAGGGGCUGAUGACAAGAACGCCCCCACAUCUGUGACCAGCACUGUUGGGGAGCGGCCGCAGGAGUCAGGUCCCACAGGAACACCUGCCAAAAGGACACUGCCCUUCAAGAGGGGCGUGAGGAGGGGUGAUGUGCUGCUGAUGGUGGCCAAGCUAGAUCCAGAGUUGGCCAAGCCAGAGCAGAAGCCUCAGCCUCGUGAAAUCCCCACGGACAAGACCCCAGCCCCGGACACAGACCCUGGAGGGGCAAAAGCAGGGACAACCAUGGGGACCGCCUGUGGCCCCCGGGCACCCAUACCAGAGAAGACCAGGACUGGGGGUGAUGGAGACACAGGCCAGGGCAUAAAAGGUGGGAAGUGUCAGGGCACAGAGGGAGAGGGGAGCGGGGACCCCCAGACCAAAGGGCAAAAAGAAUGUGAGUCCCAGAGCACGGAGGGGCAGGGGACCAGGUCCCCAGCCCAGGGGACAGGAAACAAGGGACAAGAGGGGACAGCAGAGAAAGAGGGAGGGGGUCCUCCAAAGAAGAUGGAAAAGGGGGGUGGACCCAAGGAUGCAGGCGCUGAAGUGAGACCCGUGGAGCCCCCAGUCCCCACGAGGAAGUGGGGACGUCCCCUGGGCCCAAAGAGCAAGUGGGGCAGUCCUCAGAGUAAGAACAGAGAGAGUGAAUCUCAACGUCGGGACGAGAAGAUGGGUGACCUCCCGGGCACAGCAGAGCCCAGGGGGCUGCAGCAGGAGGCUGCAGGGAGGAAGGAAAAGGCAGGGAAACCCCAGAAGAAGCUGGUGACACCAGAGAAACACCAGGAGCAGCCGGGGGUGGCAGCUGAGACUCAGAGUCCUGAGGAAAGCCGCAAGGCCCCAGCUACAGAAGGGACAUUGGCAGACACUGCAAGGAAGGAGGACCAGCCAGAAAGCAGGGUGCGGGGAGCCGAGGAGCCCUGUGUGCACGCAGAGGAAGAUGUGGACAUUGUGGAGCCUCGGGCAGAAGGUCAUGUAGCAUCUGCCCCCAAGACCCAAGCAGAGAGUCCUUCUGUGCAGAAGCCUGUGGAGGAGGAUCCCAGCCUGCAGGACCCAGGCCGUGGGGGCCAGAGUGGAGACUCUGACCAGGCUCUGGAGGAGAGUUGGUACGAGGCACAGAAAGUGUGGCUGGUGCAGAAGGAUGGGUUCACACUCGCAACAGUGCUCAAACCAGACGAGGGGACGGCUGACCUGCCAGCCGGAAGGGUGCGGCUUUGUAUCGCUGCUGACAAGACUGUCACAGAGGUGGAUGAGGAGCAGGUUCACCGAGCCAACCCCUCUGAGCUGGACCAGGCCGAGGACCUGGCUUCUCUGGUCAGCGUUAAUGAGUCAAGCGUCCUGAACACACUUCUACAGCGCUACCGGGCUCAGCUGCCACACACCCGUUCGGGCCCUGAUCUGAUCGCCAUGCAGCCCCAAACGGCCACAGUGCCCUCUGCAGGGAAGCAGGUAUUCCGAGGACGCCAGGAUGGCCUGCCCGCCCAUGUCACAUCCCUGGCCCAGCGUGCCUACUGGGCAUUGCUGAGCCAGAGGAGAGACCAGAGUAUCGUGGCUCUGGGCCGGAGUGGGGCUGGGAAGACCACCUGCUGUGAGCAGGUGCUGGAGCACCUGGUGGGCAUGGCAGGCAGCGUGGACGGCAGGGUGUCAGUGGAGAAGCUCCGGGCUGCCUUCACUGUCCUCCGGGCCUUUGGCUCUGUGUCUACCGGCCACAGCCGCAGGGCCACCCGCUUUGCCAUGGUGAUAUCCUUGGACUUCAAUGCCACUGGCCGAAUCACAGCCACUCAGCUCCAGACAAUGCUUCUGGAGAACAUCCGUGUGGCCCGGCAGCCUCAAGGGGAAGGCAACUUUGAAGUUUUCUCUCAGCUGCUAGCUGGGCUGGAUGUAGAUCUCAGGACGGAGCUGAACCUGCACCAGAUGGCUGAGAGCAGUGCCUUCGGCAUGGGCGUGUGGUCCCAGCCUGAAGACAAGCAGAAGGCCGCGGCUGCAUUUUCCCUGCUCCGGGGUGCCAUGGAGCUGCUGGGCAUCACAGACGGGGAGCAGCGAGCCAUCUGGCGGGUGCUGGCAGCCAUCUACCACCUGGGCGCAGCAGGCGCGUGCAAAGUGGGCCGGAAGCAGUUCAUGCGGUUUGAGUGGGCCAACCACGCUGCCGAGGCCCUGGGCUGUGACUACGAGGAGCUGAAUACCGCCACCUUCAAGCACCACCUACGGCAGAUUAUCGAGCAGAUGACGUCAGGGCCACAACGCCAGGGCCUGGAGGACAACGACACCUGCUCAGGGCUCAAGAUGACGGGUGUGGAGUGUGUGGAGGGGAUGGCCUCCGGCCUGUACCAAGAGCUCUUCGCGGCUGUGGUCUCUCUCAUCAACAGAUCUUUCUCCUCCCACCAUCUGUCUAUGGCCUCCAUCAUGGUGGUUGACUCUCCCGGCUUUCAGAAUCCUCGGCACCAGGGCAAAGACCGGGCGGCCACCUUCGAGGAGCUGGGUUACAAUUAUGUCCAAGAGCGCUUGCAGCUGCUGUUCUACCACAGGACCUUUGUCUCGACUCUGGAGAGAUACCGAGAGGAAGGCAUUCCUGUGCACUUUGACCUCCCAGAAUCCUCUCCAGGAACUACGGUGGCUGUUGUGGAUCAUAACCCCUCCCAGGUCCACUUCCCAGCUGGAAGAGGUGCUGAGGAUGCCAGGGGCCUCUUCUGGGUCUUGGAUGAAGAAGUCCGGGUGGAGGGGUCCAGUGACAGUGUGGUGCUUGAGCGUCUACGCGCAGCCUUUGAGAAGAAGGUGGCUGAGGCUGAUGGCUCCCCCGUGCUGCGGAUCUGCGAGCAGCCCCUUCAGUGUGAGCUACUACAUCAGCUGGGAUGGGACCCAGUGCGCUAUGACCUCACCGGCUGGCUUCGCAGAGCCAAGCCCAACCUCUCAGCCCUGGCGGCCCCCCAGGUCCUGCAGCAGUCAAAAAGGGAGGAGCUGCAGAACCUCUUCCAGGCCCGGGCCAAGCUGCCUCCCGUGUGCCGUGCGGUGGCAGGGCUUGAGGGCACCUCUCAGCAGGCUCUGCACCGGGGGCGUGUGGUGAGGAGGGCUUUCACCAGCAACAUUGCUGCCCUGAAGAGGAAGGCUCCCUGUGCCCAGAUCAAGCUGCAGAUGGAUGCUCUCAUCAGCUUGCUGAGCCGGUCUCGGCUGCAUUUCAUCCACUGUCUUGUGCCAACCUCAGUGAAAAGCAAGACUGAGCAGGCGACUCCAUCGCCACCACAGCCUGGUGGAGACCAAGGUGCAGCCAACGAGUCCCCAGCUCUGGACAUCCCGGCACUGAGGGUUCAACUCGCAGGCUCUCAUAUUCUAGAGGCAUUACGACUGCACAGGGCAGGUUAUGCUGAACACAUGGGGCUCGCUCAGUUCCGCCGUCGGUUCCAGGUGCUGGACCCUCUGCUGCUGAAGAAGCUUGACUUGACCUCUGAGGGACUGGAUGAGAGGAAGGCAGUGGAGGAACUCUUGCAGACCCUGGAUCUGGAGAAGAAGGCGGUGGCCAUGGGGCACAGCCAAGUUUUCCUCAAGGCAGGUGUGGUUUCCAGGCUAGAGAGGCAACGAGAGAAACUGGUGUCCCGGAACAUCGUUCUCUUCCAAGCCGCUUGCAGGGGCUUUCUGUCUCGCCAGGAAUGUAAGAAGCUGAAGAUCCGGAGGCUGGCCGCACAGUGCAUCCAGAAGAACCUGGCUGUGUUCCUGAAGGUCAAGAACUGGCCAUGGUGGAGACUUCUGGCAUCUCUCCGGCCCCUGCUGAGUCCCACCCUUAGCACAGAGCAGCUUCGAGCCAAGGAGGAGGAGCUAAUGCUGCUGAGGCAGAAGCUGCAGAAGUCAGAGAAGUCGAGAAGUGAGCUCAGACAGAACUCAGACUUGCUGGAGAGCAAGAUCACAGACUUGACCUCAGAACUUGCUGAUGAACGCUUCAAAGGUGACGUGGCCUGCCAGGCACUGGAGAGUGAACGGGCAGGGCGGCUGCAGGCACUCCGAGAGGUCCAGGAGCUCAAGGCUAAGUACCAGCAAGUGCAGGAGGCAUUGGGGGAAGUACAGAAGCAGCUGGAGGAGGCACAGCAGAAGAGCCAACUGGUCAACCUUGAAGAGAAGCACACAGGAGGUGUGGAGGAGUGGCAGAUGCGCCUGGACUGUGCUCAGCUGGAGAAUGACCUCCUCCGCAAGCGCCUUCAGCAGUGUGAGGAGAGACUGGACUCAGAGAUGAAGGCCCGGGCAGAGCUAGAGCAGAAGCUCGGGGAGCUGCAGAGCACUUACGAAGAGGCCAAGAAGAUGGCCCACCAACUGAAGAGGAAGUGCCACCACCUCACGUGGGACCUGGACGACACACGGGUGCUGCUGGAGAACCAGCAGAGCAGGAACCAUGAGCUGGAGAAGAGGCAGAAGAAGUUUGACUUGCAGUUGGCCCAGGCACUGGGGGAGCUGAUGUUCGAGAAGACCCUCAGGGAGAAAGUGAACCAGGAGAGCAGCGGCGUGCGCUGGGAGCUGGGCCAGCUACAGCAGCAGCUGGAGCAAAAGGAGCAGGAAGCCUCAAAGCUGAAGCAGGAAGUGGAAAAGUUACAGGGCCAGAAGCAGGAGCUGCUGGGCUGUGCCUCUGUCGGGGAACAAGGUGUGGCCAGCCUGAAAGAGAGGGUCUGGGAGCUGGAGUCCAACGCCCUUGAGCAAGAGAAGGUUCACAGCCAGCAGGAAAACACCAUUAAGCAGCUGGAGCAGCUUCGCCAGCGGUUUGAGUUGGAGAUUGAAAGGAUGAAGCAGAUGCAUCAGAAGGACCGAGAGGACCAGGAGGAGGAGAUGGAGGAUGUACGACAGUCCUGCCAGAAGCGGCUCCGUCAGCUGGAGAUGCAGUUGGAGCAGGAAUAUGAGGAAAAGCAGGUGGCUCUCCAUGAGAAGCGUGAUUUGGAAGGCUUGAUUGGAACCCUGUGUGACCAGAUUGGCCAUCGUGACUUUGAUGUAGAAAAGCGUCUCCGUCAAGACCUCAGGAGGACGCACGCUUUGUUGUCUGAUGUCCAACUCCUUUUGGCCACCAUGGAGGAUAGCAAGACAUCUGUCAGCAAGGAAGAACUGGAGAAGGUGCACAGCCAGCUGACACAGAGUGAGGCCAAAUGUGAGGAUGCCUUGAAGACCCAGAAGGUGCUGACUGCAGACUUGGAGAACAUGCACAGUGAGCUGGAGAAUGUGACCCGGAGCAAGAGCCUGGUGGAUGAACAGCUGUACCGGCUGCAGUUUGAGAGGGCAGACCUCCUGAAACGCAUUGACGAGGACCAGGAUGACCUGAAUGGCCUCAUGCAGAAGCACAAAGACCUCAUUGCCCAGUCUGCUGCUGACAUCGGGCAGAUUCAGGAGCUGCAGCUGCAGCUGGAAGAAGCCAAGAAGGAGAAGCAGAAGCUGCGGGAGCAACUGCAGGUGGCACAGCUUCGUAUCCAGUACCUGGAGCAGUCCACUGUGGACCGUGCCAUUGUCAGCAGGCAGGAGGCUGUCAUCUGCGACCUGGAGAACAGGACGGAGUUUCAGAAGGUGCAGAUGAAGAGAUUUGAGGUCCUAGUAAUCCGGCUUCGGAAUAGCCUGAUCAAGAUGGGCGAGGAGCUGUCCCAGGCAGCCAAGUCAGAGGCCCAACAGCGGGAAAACAGCCAAUAUUAUCAGCGGCGCCUGGAGGAGCUCAAGGCAGAGAUGCAGGAACUGGCACAGCGGGAAGAAGAGGCCAGCCGUCGCUGCAUGGAGCUGCGCCCAGGAGAACCAGCUUGGUCCCUGGACCGGGUGUCCAGAGAAGUUGUGGGGCUGAUGGUGUUGGGGAGCGUCCCCACCACCUGCUUCCAUCCUGACAUCCCUGUGGUGAAAGCUACGUCUCUCAGGAAACACAGCUGUUGUGACUGUUCGUGUCCUUGUGGCCAUUUGGCUCCUGGCUUUCGAGGAUCCAUCAUGGUAGGGAAGCUGUGGUGGAGAGGUCGGUUCACGUCGUGGUUCGCCAAGAAGCAGAGGGCAAAAUGGGAGCACUCAGAUCCUCACCCCUUCACCAUUAUCACUAUCACAAUCACCAUUUGUACCACCAUCACCAACCCCACUAUCACCAACAUCAUCAACCCCACCAUCACUAACAUCAUCAACCCCACCAUCACUAACAUCAUCAACCCCACCAUCACCAUCAUCAUCAUCACCAUCAUCAUCAUCACCAACCCUACCAUCACCAACAUCACCAACCCCACCAUCACCAUCAUCAUCAUCACCAACCCUACCAUCACCAACCUCACCAUCACCAUCAUCACCACCAUAAUCACCACUAUUAUUACCAUUACCACCAUCAUAAUCACCUCUCAGUGUCCUUCAAUUCAGAAAAUAAGAAUUUCUCCUGAACCCCUCUGGAGACUUCCUGGUACCCUCAAAUCCGAGAAUGAGCAGGAGUAUGAAAGUGGCAAGAAUCAAGUGACCAGAGUCCCUUUGCAACGCUGUGACUUUGCGUCUGUGCUGUCUGACACUCUAAAGCAUGUCUCGCCCCAGCAGAUGGGAAACCGUUGUGCCAGGCCCCAUUGUCUUACUGUCAUUACCGUGCCUGGCUGCGUGCUGUUCACUAGCAUCCUUCGCCGUUAA